AUGGCGGAGCGUGGUCAACUCCCUUUCCCCUCUAAGCGCCUCUGCUGCAGACCUGGCUAUGGCUCGGCGUGCAGGCUGGGCCAGCGGGUGGGCGGCACUGAACUCGGCAGUGGGGCGCUCUGCGCCGGACCUUCCUCCGCAACUGCUACUGUAGCUGCUGCCGCCGCCGCCCUGGGGCUGCUACCGCUUGGAAAGACUCAGAGCCCCGAGUCUCUGCUGGACAUCGCGGCUCGCAAGGUGGCGGAGAAGUGGCCCUUCCAGCAGGUGGAGGAGCGGUUCGAACGGAUCCCGGAGCCGGUGCAGCGCAGGAUUGUCUACUGGUCUUUCCCCCGCAGUGAGAGGGAGAUCUGCAUGUACUCCUCCUUCAACACUGGCGCCGAGGAUCUCGCCACCGCCCCCGGGGGGGCCGUCGCCGGCACCGCGCCCGGCGGGGGCGCGGACGCCGCCGCCGUCGACGAGAACCGCCUGCCUUUUCGCAGGGGCAUCGCUCUUCUAGAUGGCGGCUGUGUCGAUAACGUCCUGCAAGUCGGUUUCCACUUAAGUGGCACAGUGACAGACCCUGCAAUGCAAUCAGAGCCAGAAACUCUUUGCAAUGUAGCUAUCAGCUUUGAUCGUUGCAAGAUUACCUCAGUGACCUGUAGCUGUGGAAACAAGGACAUAUUUUACUGUGCCCAUGUUGUGGCACUCUCUUUAUACCGGAUCCGCAAGCCAGAUCAGGUCAAACUGCAUCUUCCCAUUUCAGAGACACUGUUUCAAAUGAACAGAGACCAACUACAAAAAUUUGUACAGUAUUUGAUCACAGUGCACCAUACAGAAGUUUUGCCAACUGCUCAGAAAUUAGCAGACGAAAUUCUUUCUCAGAAUUCGGAAAUCAAUCAAGUCCAUGGUGCUCCUGACCCAACAGCAGGUGCUAGCAUAGAUGAUGAAAACUGCUGGCAUUUGGAUGAGGAACAGGUCCAAGAACAGGUUAAACUCUUCCUCUCCCAGGGUGGAUACCAUGGAUCAGGGAAGCAGCUCAAUUUGCUUUUUGCAAAGGUGCGAGAGAUGCUAAAGAUGAGAGAUUCAAAUGGAGCUCGCAUGUUGACAUUGAUAACAGAACAGUUCAUGGCUGACCCUCGUCUGUCGCUUUGGACACAACAAGGAACUGCAAUGACUGACAAGUAUAGGCAGCUCUGGGAUGAACUGGGUGCUCUGUGGAUGUGUAUAGUCUUAAAUCCCCACUGCAAGUUGGAGCAGAAGGUCAGUUGGCUAAAACAGCUGAAAAAAUGGAAUGGUGUGGAUGUUUGUCCCUGUGAAGAUGGAAACCAUGGAAAUGAGCUGCCCAAUUUAACCAAUGCUUUGCCUCAGGGUGCAAAUGCUAACCAAGAUUCAUCAAACAGGCCACAUCGGACGGUGUUCACUCGAGCCAUAGAGGCAUGCGAUCUGCAUUGGCAGGACAGCCACUUACAGCACAUUAUCAGCAGUGACCUAUACACCAACUACUGUUACCAUGACAACACAGAAAACUCACUCUAUGACUCUCAGGGGUGGCCCCUCUGGCAUGAACAUGUUCCUACAGCCUGUGCAAGGGUGGAUGCAUUACGAUCUCAUGGAUACCCACGAGAAGCACUGAGGCUAGCAAUAGCUAUUGUUAAUACACUAAGAAGGCAGCAACAGAAACAGCUGGAAAUGUUCCAGGCUCAGAAGAAAGAACUUCUCCACAAAGGAGUAACCUCAAUAACAAAUCUUGAAGGUUGGGUGGGACAUCCUUUGGAUCCGAUUGGCACCCUCUUCAGUAGCCUGAUUGAAGCCUGCAGGGUAGAUGAUGAGAGCUUCCAUGGAUUCUCAGACUUCACGGAGAACAUGGGGCAAUGCAAAUCUCUGGAGUACCAGCAUCUGCCUGCACACAAGUUUUUAGAAGAAGGGGAAUCUUAUUUAACGCUGGCUGUGGAAGUAGCAUUGAUAGGGCUGGGACAGCAACGAAUAAUGCCAGAUGGCUUGUAUGCACAAGAGAAGGUUUGUCGAAAUGAGGAGCAGCUCAUUUCUAAGCUACAGGAAAUUGAAUUGGAUGAUACUCUGGUGAAGAUUUUUCGAAAACAAGCAGUCUUCCUAUUAGAAGCUGGACCAUAUAGUGGUUUAGGUGAAAUCAUCCAUCGAGAGAGUGUUCCAAUGCACACAUUUGCCAAGUAUCUUUUCACCUCUCUCCUACCUCAUGAUGCUGAAUUGGCAUACAAAACUGCACUGAGAGCCAUGCGGUUGCGAGUAUUGGAAUCUACAACUCCUUUGGGAGAUAUGUCCCGUCCACACCACAUUGUAUCAGUUGUUCCAAACCGUUAUCCCCGCUGGUUCACCCUAAGUCACAUCGAAUCCCAGCAGUGUGAGCUGGCAUCAACCAUGCUAACAGCAGCCAAAGGUGAUGUUCAGAGGCUGGAAACAGUGUUAGAAUCCAUUCAGAAAAAUAUCCACUCCUCAUCACACAUCUUCAAACUUGCCCAGGAUGCAUUUAAAAUAGCAACACUCAUGGACAGCUUGCCAGACAUCACUCUUCUGAAAGUUUCUCUGGAGUUGGGCCUUCAGAUUCUGUUUUCUGAUGUAAAGCACAGUUGA